AUGGACAAGACCAACAGAAAUAGUGCUGAUGGAGCGCAAGAACGAGUCCUGUGUGAACAGCCCUCAGACAAAUGUGUGUUUGGUGUCGAUACAGAUGGAUUGAAGACAGUUUUGGAGGGAGAUUCUGUCUCUCUACACACUAAUAUUACUGAAAUACAGAGAGAUGAUCAGAUACUGUGGAGGUUUGGACCUGAGAAUCCUGAUACUGUUAUAGCUGAAAUAAUAAAACGGGCAGAUUUGACUCGUAUAUACGAAUAUGAUGGAAGAUUCAAAGACAGUUUACAGCUGAACAAUCAGACUGGAUCUCUCACCAUCAGGAACAUCACAAUCACUCAUACUGGACUUUAUCAGCUUAUGAUUAUCAAUGGAAAAGUCUUUUACACAAGCUUCAGAAUUAUCUGUGCCCCUUCCACUUUGCCCGAUCCCAUCAUCUCUACAGACUCUUCUCGAUGUUCUUCAUCAUCUGAAAGUUCAUCUAAAUGUGUGUUGGUGUGUUCAGUGGUGAAUGUGACACAUGUGACUCUCUCCUGGUACAAAGGAAACAGUUUAUUGUCCUCCAUCAGUGUGUCUGAUCUCAACAGCAGUCUCUCUCUACCUCUGGAGGUGGAAUAUCAGGAGAACAACAUCUACAGCUGUGUGAUCAACAAUCCCAUCAGAAACCAGACUAAACAUCUCAACAUCACUGAAGUCUGUCAGAUGUGUUCAGAACAGACACGUUCAUAUCUCUUACCAAUGAUAGUUGCUGGAGUAGCGCUGGUGAUAACUGCAGUUUCUGGAGUGAUUUACUGGAACAACAGAGAUCGUGAUCAAGAAAGUCACGAGGGCAAGUAUUAUUCUAACCAUACGAGUCUUUUGUUAUGUUGAAAAACUGCCAUUAUGUCAUUUUAACCACCAAUUAAAAUAAAAUUUUACUGUAAUAUUUUUGUAGUUAAUAAACUGUGUUUAUUGUUAAAACAGUCCAAAAUCAUGAAGGAAUGAUACAACAACAAUAUUCUGUGCACACCAUAAUACGGUAAGAAACUGAUUUUUAAAGCAAAGAUUGUGCAUAGUUUUAAUGUUUAACAUGCUGUAAAUUAAAGUCGCUUCUGGUUUCACAGGAAGUGGAGUUAAGGGUGAUGGAUGUGGAAAAAACAUGAAGGAAGAUUCCUUAAAAAUAUGAUUAUUAUAUGAUAAAAUAUAAAUGUAAUCAGAUAUUCUACAGUAUUGGUACAACUGAAGUAAUUCAGUAUUCACAGACUAUCUAACUGAUAGACGGCUG